AUGAUUGUUGAUUGCAUAGAUGAGCCACACAACUGGGAAGCAUUAAUCUCUGCAUUCACCAAGAUCAAAUACAAUCAAAAGGGUGAUAAGCUGGAUUAUCUAGGGCCGAUAUUUAGUAAUUUAUCACAGAGUCCAACUGUGAGGAAAGUGAUACUGAAUAAAGAGUCUUCUUUGUUGCAAAGAUUGAUUACGUUUACUGAGUAUGAGGAUUCUAUCACGCGUCGUGGCGGUGUCAUUGGUACCUUGAAAAAUUGUUGUUUUGACUCGGAGUAUCAUGAAUGGUUGCUGAGUGACGAUGUGGAUAUACUUCCAAGACUCUUGUUGCCCUUGGCUGGGCCUGAGGAGUUUGACGAUGAGGAUAAUGAGAAGUUGCCGGCUGAUCUGCAAUAUUUAUCCGAGGAUAAGAAGCGUGAAGAUGAUCCAGAUAUUAGGUGUAUGUUAUUGGAAGCCAUUACACAGUUGUGUGCAUUGCGGAAAAAUCGUGAGUUUAUUCGCGAGAGAAAUGCGUAUGUGAUUUUGCGUGAGUUGCAUAAAUGGGAGAAGGAUAAGAAAGCGUUGGUGGCGUGUGAGAAUUUGGUUGAUAUCUUGAUCAGAACCGAAGAAGAAAUCGCUGAAGACGACCUCAAAUCCCUCCACAUCCCCUCUGACGUCCAGGAAAAGAUCAACAAACUCAACCUUACCACCGAUGACCAAUGA